GCAUACACGCUGGUACAUCUAAAUUAAGUGAUACAUAUGCGAUGGACUGGUACAAAACGGUGAACAGAUCAGAGUCUGACAUCCUUUUUCAUUGACAUUAUCAUUCGUAACAAGAUGUCUUAAUCAUGCCAUCAAUGACACUCACCAAACCUCGUAGGAAGCGAUGCAUUCAUCAACCAGAAGAAGCUCCAUUUCCUGUCCCGAUAGAGACGAUCACUCAAAAGCCGGCCGCCAACCGCCAAUGGUUUUUCUACCACGCCCAGAUGAUUGAGAAUGAUGUCAUUGUUCAAAAAGAGGGAGACAUUGUGUUUUUGAGUAAGAUGGGUUUCUUUGGAAAAGGAAUUCUAUCAAGAAGUAAACCUGAACAUCAAUUCUUUGCCUCAUCUUUUCAAGGAUCCCAUAGGAGAAACUUACCACCCAAAGAGCGGAGAUUUCAACAGCAAAGAUUUCAACAAGUACGCCAACACAAGUAUGAGAGACAUCUUUCGUGGCAGAAGCAACUUUUAUUGCAGCGAAGGCAUCGCAAUAAUGAAGAGACACUGGGAUUAAAGAAUACUACGACCACUGAGGAUUCCAUGCACAGUCCACCCUAUAAGAUAGCCAGUGGGUCUUCAAAACGAGUUAAGCGUGCAACAGUCUCUGAGCGCAACCAGCGCGCAGGGAUUAUGACAACUGAUUGUAAGAAGGAGCGGCCGGAAUGGAGGUUGGUUCCGGAGAAUGAGUGCAGGUUGGUGGUAUCUUGCCAGUCUGGAAGGGACAGCAGUCAAACAAUGUCCUCAGAAAAUCUCUUUGUAUCUUCUACCCACCAGGCAAAGACUGAACCUAUGCUGCAAAGCCCAAUAAAGCUUCCCUCUAGUAAUAGGCCUAAGCCUGAGUAUGUGGAAGGUAGUGGUCGGAUUAGAUCACCAAAGAGCCCUUUUGGUGGAAAUAUGGAGAGUAGACAAGAUGCGCAGGUUUCGUAUCUUUCUGUUAAUGAUCAUCAUCUUGGUACGGAUGACUCUGUAGGGAAUAAGUUUGUCUUCCAAUCUGAGGUUGCUGGUGUGAAGCACACCAUUGGCUGUAGUGAACCAACUUCAUCUUGCCUUCCAUACUCAACUGAUCAAAGUAUUGAACAUGACCUUAGUGAGAAGAUGUUAUCGUUGGGGCAAUCUGGGUUGGUCUGGGACACAAAAGAUGCAGACUGGGCUGAGCACAAGGAAGUGGGGAGGGUAGAAGAUAAAGGACAUGGGGAAGAGGACAGUAAAGAACUCUUUGACAGCUCCAGGAUUGAAACAAGUGCCUGGUCCUCUUCGUCUUGGAGGACAGAUCCUGCUGAUUGGAAUCAAGGUCAGGAUGUUGAUAGAGGCCAGUCCCACUCCCAGUCUUGCCAAAGGCAAGAUGAAAUUGGCCCUUCUCAAAUUGCAGAGUCAGAUACUCUUUGCAAUGAUGGGCAGGAUGGAGGUGUUGAUAGAGCAACAACAAGUGGAUCCUACACUGGUCUUUCAGCACUUGGAUUGGAUCAGACCUCCAUUGAGGAUGAGAGGAAGAGAUCAAGUGGCCACCCAUCUUUGAGUGAGGAAUGGACCAGUGACCCUAGAGAUUGGGAUAUGAAUGAAGGAGACCAAGCCCUAGUCUCUAAAACCAAGGAGCAGGAUAACAAGAACUCUACUAAUGAUCAAGGUUUUGAUGAUAGCUAUGACCCAACUGAGGAGCAGAGUGAGGGUGUAGAGCCAUCAACUUCAAGGAACCCUCAGGAAGCAUCUUAUUCUGAUGAACAGUUGUUAAGUGAAAGAAUGAAAAGAGACUUUAGCGUCAGUAACCCUAAAUACCAUCCAGAGGAAGAUGAUAAAGAAAAUUUAAGACGAUUAAAUAAUGAUGGCAUGGAAUCUUUCAAGCAAGACAAGGUGAACAAGUCAUUAGAGUUCCCUGUAGCUCCAGGAAGAGAUUCUGAAUCCGAUCUUAGCAAUAUCAAUGGUUCCUUUGUUGCUGUACCCACACCAGUGGAGUUUGAUGAUGCCACCACAAGCCAGACAGAGAGCAAUAACAUUCUUAGUAUCAAGGGAAAGGAUGCUCACAAAAAGAGUCGUGAAGUCAAGACAGGUCCAGUAAGGCACAAGGACCCAUAUCCUAUCUUUGAACAUCUUCAACUCAGCUAUGAGGAGGCCUUCUUCUUGUCAUAUGGACUUGGAUGUUUGAACCUGAAAAACACUAAUAAGGAACAAAUGGACCUAACAGAGAUGUGGAGAACGUUCCGUCGCCACCAGCCCAGCUUUGUGGCCAACUAUAUCGUUUAUCACUUCUUCAGAAGCAAGGGAUGGGUACCUAAGACGGGGCUGAAGUUUGGAGCAGAUUUCAUCCUGUACAAGAAGGGUCCACCUUUCUACCAUGCAAGUUAUUGUGUAUAUGUCUUCAUGGUCAAUGAAGAGGAUAUUGAUCAGCAUGGUGUCCAUAAGAUGAACUGGUCUUCCCUGAUGGGCAGGGACCGUGUCAUUGAAAAUGCUGCAAAGGAGCUGAUGUUCUGCUUCGUGAUCAAGCCCAGCAAGUUGCGUCAAAAGGACCUGGAAUCUCCUGCAUGCAUCCCACAAUUCAAGGUUCAGGAAAUGCUUAUGAAAAGAUGGGUUCCCUCUCGUGGACGACAACAAAAUCAGAUGGAUGAAGAAGUAACUUAGCAAUCCUUGUACAUGUCAGGAGAGUCAAAUGCAGGAAAGGGUCAAGUUAAAUCCGAGUAAUCACAUUGAGCCUUAAUUUUAAGAGAAUGGUUUCAAAAUCAUGACGAUUCUUCCCUCACCAUGAUAGAUACAGAUCAGCCCGUCUUACAAAGAGUUGCGAUUGAUCCGAUCAAUAACAUCUAUGGAUGGCCAGUGAUGUGAACAUCUGUUAUGCAUUUUCAAUCGAAAUAUUUCCUAACUAUGAUGUAUGUUCAUGCAUCUAUUGCUGUCUUGAAAAUUUACUGUGCUUCUCUUUGUUUACAAAGGACUUUGUGCAAAUUUCCUGUAGAAAAAAAUUAUGACACUGGUGGAUUUCCAUAAUCGUAACUCUUUGUAAGAAAGGGCCAUGAUGUAGUGUAUUUAAACUAAACGCUGUGAAAGAAUUAAAUCAGAGAAUACUGAAUAUCACUGAACAGAUUAGCACAUGUAGGUAUGUCUAUUAUAAUAACCAGGUAAAGCUCGUCAUACUCGCAUAAUUCUAUUUUUUUAUGUCUUGGCAAUUACUCACUUUCUUCCAGAUUUGCUUGGCACAUAUUUUUAUUCAUGUGUCGAAUUCAGAUUAUGUUAUGAUCAUUUGCCAUAACAGAUAUGAAUAUUUUUAGGAUUUGGGGACUGAAUACAUUCCCAAGAAAAAUAUGUAGUGUCCUAUUAAACAUCUCCAUGAAAGUUGAUUUCUGUGCUCCCAAGUGAUGCAACAUAUUAUGCAUAUUUAAUAUUUAAAACAAUUUUUUUUAAUCAUUAACUGUUUUAUACUUAAGAGUUCAAAUUCUUUUUUCUUAUCGUUAAUAAUAACUUACCGUAUGUGAUUUUUACAACCCACAUUCUUUUUUUAUGUGAUAUCUGUUUUAAAAGUUGUCUUCUUGUUAUAAUGUGUUUUCAUUUGAUAUGAAAGUAAGACAAACUUCAGAUUGUACAUGUAGAUCACUACAGAUCAAAUGUAGAUUGAUUGAUUAAACAUUGUUUUCAUUUCAGGGCAAGUCCAAGGUAAUUUCCCCUCAAAUGUAAAAAAAAAAAUCAUCUUGACGUGAUCCAAUUGCUAUGACACUGCAGCCAAAGAGUUAAAUAAUUUAUUACCAAACAAGAAAAGCAAUAUCUAAAUUCUGCAAAUUGCGCAACAGCACAAUUCGUAUGGGACAUUAAUUAAAAAAAAAAAUGGGGGGAAAAAUGGAAGACCUGUUUCUACCCAGCCUAAUUUCAAUACCCUUUGUAUAAGUGGGCAGUGUCACACCAAGGAGAUAUCGUUAGAGGUGAUACCUCCUUGGUCACACCUCACACGAGCAUGUUUAGUUAUCCAUCAUUUUGGUGUUAUUUGAAAGUUAAGAUAACUUUCUAAAACCCUUUUCCCCAAAGUGAUAUUGUUUGGUAGCCAUUUCAAAAGAUCAUAUUUCUAUUUUGAGAUGCACUGUGUAAUAACACAGCUAAAUCCAAAUGCUCUGAAUAUUUUUCAGAGGUUGAAAUUCUGAAGAUGCAGGGUAUCUUGGGCUUGCCCUUCUUAAUUGUCUUUCUAUAACUUUUGAUCCAGUCUAAACUGUAUAUAUCACAAUUUCAUAUUUCUUUUCUAAACAAAAUAUACAUAUGUAUGUGUGUGUGUGUGUAGGCGUAUGCAUGUCUGUAUGUUUAUAAAUCAUGCAUUGUACAUAAUCUGAUAUCUUUUUUCCUCAUUGUAUAGAGAUUAUAUUACAAAUGCCAAUUUAUUCUCUGACAUGAACGAGCAGUUGAAAAGAAAUAUGUUAAGGCAAGGCAAUGUAAAAUAUAUUUUCGUAAUGUUUGAAAUAUCAUGUACAGUCCACUAAUACAUGCAUAUUUUAAUGAUAGAAUCUAUACAGAAUGGUUUGCUGAAAAUUUGCUUGUUAACUGGUUUUUCCAGCAGUUUGGUGAAUUAUUUUGGAAAUCAUGUAAAAUUAAUAUUACUUUCUGAUGUGCAGUUUUGAAGUUUAUAGAUCGAGUGAUUAGUUGAUAUUUCAAAAGUAUUGGAAAUUCUUGUAAUGCACUGCUUCAUUACUCUUUGGUUUGUAAUUUUAAAAGCAUAUUUCAUCUUAUUGCUAAUUUUAAGUAGUGGCAGUGUUUGUUCAUUGAUGUUCUAGUUUCAUUUCAUAUAAUCUUGCCAUUGUAAUUGUCGCUUCAUUACUGAAUCUCAUGUGUGAAGUCUCAUUUGUAGUCCAAGUGACACUAAAGAUAUUUGGCCAUAGAUGCAUGAAAUCAUGUUUAUUGUUAUUUUUCUUUUUCAUUGACACCUAUCAUCAUCUAGGAUUAGAAGACAAUUAUUUUACUCUUUCAUUGUAACUACUCUCAAUGUAUUGUGCUUCAUAUCUAUAUUGAAAAGGCAUUAUAGAAAUUUUAUUAGUAGUAUUG